GGAGAGAAAGGAAUAUAAUAAUUUUGUGCAGUAGUGACACAGGAUAUAAGCAAUCAUGGAUUUCAAGAAAUUAUUCAAGGAAGCUCAGCAGAAGAAGCCUUUCUACAGAUCAAGCCUCAUCAUGGGGAAAUACUACGGUGUUACGGAGUUUGUAGCAGGGAUGAACACCUUCAAUCAGGAGAUCGUCAUCGCUCUCCUGAAAAACGGGGAUAGAGUUUUUCUCCCGAAACGUCUGAGCGAUAGUUUGAUGCCUCAUCGGCAUGCCAUGAAGUCUGACGAAAAUUGGGCCAUCAAACUUUUACGUUUUGAAGAAGACGUCAUGACUAUAGAUGGUGUACGUGUAGCUACUAAAACCCCUAUCUUGGACAUUGAUAUGGGUAUCGUUGAUGACCAAGAUACUAACACUGAAUUAUCAAUGGAUGCAGUGACGCCACCCAUCACGCCUAAAACUUCUAACGGGUUUGAUGGGGCAUCUAAAUCAGGCAUCACCAGCAACCCCGGGGGUGAUGAUCAAGUAGGAUCGAGCAUGAAAAAUGUGUCUCUUCCUAGUCCAGCUGAUACGUUGAAAAUAAAACGAUCAGCAGGACAAGAUUUUCUCCAAAAAAAGAAAAACGAAAAUUCAGAAAUUGAAAGAGAAAAUUAAAAAGAAGGAUAUGCAACACGAAGGACAGGUGAUGUUCGUCAGUGAUAGCGAUGGAGAAGAACUAUUCAUUCCAGAUAUAGAGAAUGAACGAGUGUAAAGGUUGUUAUAUUAAUAAAAAAUAUUGGAAAUUAACCGAAAAAUAAAUCUUUUAAUUUCUCCCAUAUAUGCAUUUCCCCCAAUAUGCACUCAGAGUUUGAAGUCUGAUCCAUCCUUUGCAAGGAAUCAAAUUUGGAUCAAUUUGAUCCUUUUAUUUUUAUUAGUAGCGGACGGUGGGAGUACCUUGUUAUAUAAUUUUUUUCGCAUAUUUCUAAACGAGGCUGGUUUUUACAAUUAUUUUAUUUAGAUCCACAAUUAUUUCGUCUAUAAAACCAUGUAGAGGAGUUUUUGUAAAAAUUCUCCACAUAUACAACCGCAUGACUGAAAAUUCUCAAGAUAUACAACCGUAGGUCUGUUUUCUUCUUUUUUGUUUUCUUCUUGUUCUUCUUCUUCUUCGUCUUCUUCAAAUAUUGCAAUUCUUUCUACUUCCCCAAAGUAUGAAAUUAGACGUAUGGUUGUAUAACGAGAAAAACAGCCGCACGAUUGUAUAUCUUGAGAAU